CAGCCUGCUGAGGCCAGUAGGAACACCUAGAGUACGAGUGGCCCAUCAGACAUGCCCUGCAUUCCCUAUGGCCAGAUGAGGGACCAGGCCCCCAGAAACCGUAGCAUCUAUACCCAGCUGAUGGAGAUGGUGCUGUCCUUGCGGCAGACCAUGGAGGACCACACCGCGCAGCUGACGACCAGUCACCAGCAGCAGGACCUGGCGCUGGAGGAGCAGAGGCACAAUCGGGCCAUCAGGGAGCAGGAGGCCCUCCUGGGUCACCUAAUGUUCCAGAUGGUCAACUACCUGCAGUCUGGGGCCACAGGUGACCGGAGCUUCCAACCACCUUGUGCUUCCGUGGACUGUAGGGGCGACGUUGGAGGCGGGCAGCAGACCCAGUCAUCCAGGCAGACUGGCCAGACGUUUUGCCAGUGGAGUGAUUCGGAUACGUUUAUCAGCUAUGACCUGCCCAACCAGGGGAUGGACAUCUGUGCCUUAUACCACUCCAGCUUCCAGGACUUCAACACCUACCAAGGAAACAAAUACCACAAGGACAAGAACACCUUGGGCUGCAUCAACCUUGGUACCCGUGAGAACAAGCUCUGUAUUGAUCUUCUGGCUGAAAGGUUGACUCGGGCUGACAUGCUCUACAUUGAUGAAGACCUACUGCAGUAUCCUGAUUGGAGAGGACAGUCAUUCCUGCGGAAAGAAGUAGCCCGGUUCCUGAUCUCUUACUGUAAGGCACCUGCCCGCCUUGACCCGGAAAACGUGAGUCUCUUUUCAGCGGUUUCCUCUGUCUUCUCCGCACUGGCCGUGGUUCUAUGUGACCCGGCUGAGGGCUUUCUGGUCCCCACCCCCUCCUAUGGUGGCUUCUUCUUUAGUACCCACCUGUAUGCGAAAGUUGAGCUGGUUCCUGUACACCUGGAGAGUCAGGUCAGUGUGGUAAACACCUAUCUGUUCCAGCUUACUGUGGACGAGCUGGAGCAAGCCCUGCUCAGGGCUAAGAUGGAGGGGAAAAAGGUCAGAGGCCUUGUGCUGGCCAACCCUCAGAAUCCUCUGGGAGACGUCUAUUCCCGAGACUCGAUGGAAUAUCUGGAAUGUGCCGAGAGGUACAACCUACAUGUGAUCAUUGGUGAGAUUUACAUGCUGUCUGUGUUUGAUGAAGCCAUCACAUUCCGCAGUGUUCUGAGCCUGGAGAGUUUGCCUGACCCCAACAAGAUCCAUGUGAUCUGGGGCACCAAUAAGGAUUUCGGCAUCUCUGGCUUCCUCUUCGGCGUUCUAUACACCCACAAAAGGGAGGUGGCUUCUGCCGUGAGCUCCUUUGGCUACCUCCACAGCAUCUCCGGCCUCACCCAGUACAAGCUGUGUCUGCUGCUCCAGGACAGAGAAUGGAUUGACAAUGUGUACCUGCCCAUUUAUCGCUUCCGGCUGCAGGAGGCUCACAGGCACGUCACUAACAAGCUGAAGGUAUGGAAGGUCCCUUUUCUCAGUCGUGGCUCUGGCCUCUAUGUCUGAAUCAACUUGAAACCGUACCUGGACCCGUGCACAUUUGCAGAAGAGCAACUCCUCCAUCGCCGCUUCCUGGACAACAAGCUGAUGUUGUCCCGUGGCGAGACCUUCAUGUGUAAGGACCCUGGCUGGUUCCACCUCAUCUUUGCAGCUAGGCCCCUCCUGCUAAGAAGCGCCGCCCCCCCGCGCGUCCUGCGGCCUCGGGCGCCCGUGAGCGAACCGCCCCCGGAACCGCCCGGGAAGCCCGACCCGGCGCGGACGGUGCGCAGCGCGGGGGCCAGGGCCCGGGGCCCGGGGGCCGCGCGCACGCGGCGGAGGGCGAGUCGGGCGAAGCCUCGGACCCAGACGCAGCCUGCGCGGGCCCCGAGCCCCGGCUCCUCCGGCUCCGCAAGUAGGUGCGACCCCCGCUGCGCAGAGCCGGGGCUGGCGGGGGGGUCCCCCCGGGCCCGGGCUCCAGGCCUCGCUGCCGGCGUCCCGGCCCUUCCGUGUCCGCGAGCCCUGCGCCACGCCUGCGCUUCCUCCGCCCGGGGCCUGGGGCCGGCGCCGCGGGGCUGCCAGGCCCGGCAGCGCGGCUGUCGGGCUGCGGACUCGCCGCCGCCCCGCUGCACGCCGCGGGCCCGCCCCUCGUCCCGGCUCCGCGCACGGAGCCCGGCUGCCACGUCGGGCCGGGCUGCGGGGGGACCGAGUUGA